AUGUCUAAAGAAAAUACUGAAAAAAAAGAAUACUGCAUUGACUGCACCCAUCCUGCCUCUGAUAACCUUCUCAGUCCUUCAGAUUUACAAAGUCAUUUAGAAGAAAAAAUUAAAACUUACACAGGUAAAAAAGAAAGGCUAUUAGAAGUGACAUGUAAAGAUAAUAAUGUGCUUGUAAGGGUUAAUAAAGACAUUAUAAAUAAACAAGGACUUAAAAAUGUUAUUAGAAGAUUUCUGCAUGCUAAAAGGCUUUCUGCUUUUAUUAAAGUGUACGGCGAUACAAAGAAUGGUUUUGAAUUUAGAUACAUGAAUGUUGCUGAAGACAAUUAA